AGGCUUCUGUCAUCCCCAGGUUUUUGCCAACCACCUGCAACGGAAUAAUUGGGAACACUUGUUGGAAGUCCACAUCCCCGGAUCCAGAUCGGAAGCGGGGGUGGGGGGGGGGGGGGACUGGGAAUCUGAAUUCUAAGGAAGUGCCUUGGGGAUGCUUACAUGCUAGAUUUUGGAUCCAGGAGGUAAAGCAGAAAAGUUUUUCCUGGCAGGUUGAUUUCUAGGCAACAUGUCCUCCGCUUCAGUCCAAGAGUGCCUGCAGCUCCAGCUGCUGGAGAUGGAAAUGCUGUUGUCUAUGUUUCCCAACCAAGGAGAAGUGAAACUGGAAGAUGUAAACGCGCUGACGACUAUAAAAAGAUACCUGGAAGGCACAAGGGAGGCGCUGCCACCAAAAAUUGAAUUUGUGAUUACACUCCAGAUUGAGGAGCCCAAGGUGAAAAUUGAUUUGCAAGUAACCAUGCCUCACAGCUAUCCCUAUGUAGCAUUGCAGCUGUUUGGACGGUCAUCUGAGCUUGACAGACAACAGCAGCUACUUCUCAACAGAGGUCUCACUUCUUACAUAGGGACUUUUGACCCAGGUGAGCUCUGUGUGUGUGCAGCAAUCCAGUGGUUACAGGACCACGGUGCCUCCUAUUUCCUGAACAGAAAGCUUGUUUAUGAACCAUCUAUACAAGCAAAGCCGGUCAAGAACAUAUUUCUCCGAAUGUGGAUCUACAGCCACCACAUAUAUCAGCAGGACCUAAGGAAGAAGAUUUUGGAUGCUGGGAAAAGGUUAGAUGUGACUGGAUUUUGUAUGACAGGAAAGCCUGGUAUAAUCUGUGUGGAAGGCUUCAAAGAGCACUGUGAGGAGUUCUGGCACACGAUCAGGUAUCCCAAUUGGAAACACAUUUCCUGUAAGCAUGCUGAAAGUAUCGAAACCGAAGGAAAUGGGGAGGAUCUGAGACUCUUCCAUUCUUUUGAAGAAUUACUCCUUGAGGCCCAUGGUGACUACGGAUUAAGGAAUGACUAUCACAUGAAUCUGGGCCAGUUCUUAGAAUUUCUAAAAAAACACAAAAGUGAGCAUGUUUUCCAGAUAUUAUUUGGCAUUGAAAGCAAAAAUUCAGAUUCCUAGGAAGCUAUUAAUAUUAAAAGGCCUAUGCUUGUAAUCUCACCAAGUCAGUAUCUCUGUUAAUAAAACCAAAAUAAACAGGCUGGUGGCUGUUUAGUGUCCCUGUGAAUAACCUGGCUGCAGAAUUUUUACACAGGCCUUAUAACUUGACAGCAGUGCACUUGUGAUGUUAUGUCCAUGUUCUUGUAUUAACUGGAAGCUAUUUAAUUGUAACUUAAUAAAAGCAGUCAAUUUAACUGGG